CGCCAAUGCUGCUUUGCGCAUUUAUCGAUGACGUUUCAAGGACGUUUCCUGUAGUAACCUUCCCUAUCUGGCGGUGCAUUUGCGCCUCCUGUCUUGAAAGAGAGGUGAAGAGUUUACUUUCCAGAGUUCAAGGUUUGGUUUCGGUGUUUGUCUGGACUAAGGGUUUUUGCCGUGGCGGAAAGCCUUUCUUCACAGAGCCAAAAUGCUGAAUAUGUGGAAGGUCAGGGAACUGGUUGAUAAAGCAACCAAUGUGGUGAUGAACUAUUCUGAGGUGGAGUCCAAAGUCAGGGAGGCCACCAACGAUGACCCCUGGGGACCGUCAGGACAGCUGAUGAGUGAAAUAGCUAGAGCCACCUUCAUGUAUGAGCAGUUCCCAGAGGUGAUGAACAUGCUGUGGGCUCGCAUGCUGAGGGACAACAAAAAGAAUUGGAGGAGAGUCUACAAGUCCCUGUUGCUGCUGGCUCACCUGAUCAGGAACGGAUCAGAGAGGGUUGUCACCAGUGCCAGAGAACAUCUUUACGAUUUGAGAUCCUUAGAGAGCUACCACUUUGUAGAUGAGAAUGGGAAGGAUCAAGGAGUGAAUGUACGUCAGAAGGUGAAGGAGAUGGUGGACUUUGUCCAGGAUGAUGACAGGCUAAGAGAGGAGAGGAAGAAGGCAAAGAAAAACAAAGACAAAUACAUUGGAGUGUCCUCUGACAGUAUGGGAGGAUUCAGAAGUUACUCGGGGGACAGGUAUGACUCCGGCGAUAACCGGAGGUGGGACGAGGACUGGGACAGGAACAAAGGACAGUUCCCUUUCAGCGAGAAGCUGGGAGAGAUCAGUGACAAAAUUGGCAGCACCAUUGAUGACACCAUCAACAAGUUCAGGAAGAAGGACAGAGACGACUCACCAGACCGAUUUAGUGACAAUGAGGACGAGCGGGGUCGACCGUCUCGCAAUGGCCAGUCGGGAAGAGAGUUUAAAGAUGAAGAGGAGACCGUCACCACCAAGAGCGUUCAAAUAGUCCAGGCAACAGAGACUACAGCAACACGGAAAAGAGGCGGGGUGCCAUCUAAAAGAGUAGACUUGGGGGCCGCAGCCCAUUACACAGGAGACAAGAGCCCAGAUACCACCACCAAACAGACCCAGCCAGCAGCCCCUCAGCCCUCCAGUAGUGGCCUGGCUGACCUGCUGAUGGUGGACACAGGAGUGAGCCAGCCUGCUAAUACAGACCUGAUCAGUGGAUUCGCUGAUUUCUCCUCGCCUGCUGCUUCUGCUGGCCUGUCUUCAGGGCCUGUCUCUAGCGGUAAUGGAGACUUUGGAGAAUGGAAUGCCUUCCCUGGAGGUCAGAUGCCAACACCUGCUCAGGCUGUUGACACCGGUGGAAAUGACCUUUUUGGAACUAUGACAGCCAGUCCUGCCCCUGCCCCAGCCUCAGCUCCAGUGGCUGCUCCUCCCUCAGCAGACCUGUUUGACUUGAUGGGGCCAGCUCAGUCCCUCACCACCUCCCAGAGCCUCAACUUUAGCAUGAGCAGCACACACAGCAUGAGCAGCACAGUUCUGCCACAGUCCAGGUCACAGCCCCUCCAGGGCAUGGGGGGUCCUCUACAGCCUCAGCCCAUGCAGCCAACACAGCCAGUUCAGCCCGCGCAGCAGGGAGUGGCAUCUCAGGGUGCCGGAGCCAAACCUGCCCUCCCCUCAACCUGGUCAGACCACUCAGUCAACAUUAACCUGGACUUCCUGGGCCCAGGCAUGCAGCCCCCCAAGCCUAGCCAGCCAAGCCUCAACACACUCCAGCAAGGCAACCAGGGAAACAUGCUCUCCCAGGGAUUUGCCAGUAUGAACCUCGGACCCACAACAAUCAGGCCAUCUGUAAAUCCUAUGAUGCAGCCGGGCAUGGGCAUGGGCAUGGGAAUGGGAAUGACCCCCAACCAGGGCAUGAUGGGGAUGAACAUGAGUAUGGGGAUACCACAGGCAAGUAUGACCAUGGGGAUGCCUGGUGCUAUGGGCAUGGGCAUGGGGAUGAGCCCUGCCAUGGUCCAACAGCCCAAACAGGAUGCUUUUGCUGACUUCGGCAACUUUGGGAAGUGAUGGAGCAGCGGGAGAGCUACGAUUUCUUGAGGAGUGGAGUCCGUCUCUCCAUUCCUCUCCGUCCAUCGGUGAAGGAUCGAUAUGAGCUGCAAACAAAGAGUACUUGAAUAAUGUCAAAUAUCAUAAUACCAACACCUGGCAAUCUCCUUGUUUUAAAAGUAAUGCUGUGUAGAGAUAUGGAUCUCAAUGAAUGUGUGUAUUAUGUUGUGUUGGAACCAAUGAUCUGUCUCGACUAGGGUGGUGGUCAGACAGACACACUCAAUAGUGUGCCUUGUUGGUGAGCUUUUUGUCAGUGAGAGAAAGAAAGGGUGUGAGGGACACAUCUGCCACCGUGAGAAUGUCAGGGGAUCUUGCUUUAUAACCUCAAUCAAACAAAAUCACCAGAAUAGCAAAAAAUAUGUAUCUAUAGUACGUAAUUUUUCAUGACACAUGGUCUCAGUAACUUUACUGGAUAUUGUUAACAUGAUCAGCCAUUUUAACUUUCUAAUGUAUCUUUAAGAAUGUCAAGUUACCUCUUAUUUGUCCUUGCUCUUCCCUCAACAUGUAAAUAUACCUUUGGACCCCCUACAAAUAAGUUAUGAAGUAAGAUGAGUCAGUGACAACGUGAAGAGUUGUCUCAUGUGGACUAAACCUGAUGUGAAUUAAGACCUUUCACAAGGCACAUUGCCAGUGUCUUUGAUACCUUGUCUUUGUACAGGAGUACCUGCAUACUCCAGAUGUGGCCUGUCAGUGCUACAUUUAAAGUGAUGAAUGAGUGCUUGGGUUGAAAACUGUUGAUUUGUGGAGUUGCUCCAUCAACAGACCAUUUUUGUGGCCUUUCUUAUGGGUAUAUAUAUAUUUUUUUUAAACAAUGAAGAUAAGUGUAAUCAGUUUGCAUCCAAAUGAGAUAAUCAGUAGGUUGAAAAAGCAUCAUGUAAGGCGGGGUUGUGGGUUCUUCAUUACAGCACAGAGUGCCUGGAAGUUCUUUGCCUUUUCUCUUCUAUUAAUCUCCUUAAAGGAGACGGUAUGACUGUGCAGUGUUGAGUACAGCUAUUGGGAGGAAGCUGCUGUACUACGUAUGAACUUAUGUGUUCGUACUUAAGCCUCAAACCAGGUGUAGCUUCUGAGUCCAGAUAUUGGAUGCCAUUGUAGCUCAUAAUUUUGCUCAUUCCUUGCUUUGUUUACCCCGUGCGCUUUUGAUCGUCACCGUCCAAUUCCAGCCAGUAGUAACUUCACUGCUCCAAAUUCACUUGCAAUGAACCCAUAUCGAGCUCAACUUAAUCUAGAACCUGAAAUUGUUGAUGCAGACUGUAUGUAUGGAGAUUGUGCAUCAUGCAUCUACCUGGUGUCUGAUGCUGGUCAGAAGAGAUGUUCACCUGGUGCAUCUCAGUAAACACUGCCUUCUCACCUUCCCUCUUCAGUAAUGUUGCACAUUUCAAAGACAAAGCAAUCUUGCAAAAAAAAAAAAAAAAAAAGCCACCUUGACUUGGUAUUCAUCAUUCCAAGUCUUAUGUUUGCACAGAUUACCGGCUAUAGAAGAAUGUGAGAGAGAUCGCACUUCUGACAAUUAAAAUGCAGUGUGUGUACAUGAAAAAUGCCAUUGUGGUAGCCAAAUGAGGGCGUGUUGUGAGCUAGCCCGAACAGAGCAAUCCCACCCAGCUCCACACCAACCGGUUUGCCUAAUUCAUCUGAGACCUACAAAAAUGAAACGACACUCUUCAAGGGUUUAAGUGCCUGCCGGUGGUUGCCUUCUGACCCUUCUGAUUAGGGACUGAUAGUGAAUCAGAGCUGAGUGAUGUUUCUGGUUUGUCCAGCGACAAGAUAAAUAAUUCACUGACCAGAGAAGGCAGUGGAUUCUGCUGCCCCAAGAGGAUUUAAGUUGUGCUUUCCUGCUCUCCCGAGGGUUCAUGAGGCUGAACACAUCAACACAUAGUAGCCUUGUGUGGGAAUCUGAGGCAUUACCUGUUAAAAAAAAAA